UCCGCUUUCCUCUUUCCUUGAUUUCUCUUCGUAAAAGGCAUAUCAAGCUUUGGAAUGGAAAAUCCUCUAUGCUUCAUCACCUUCUCUGUCACCCUCUUCAUAAGUGGGCUAACAUUAGCCGUAGACCCACCAUGCCGGACCACAUGUGGUUCCCUACAGGUUAAGUAUCCUUUCGGCACCGCCUACGGCUGUGGCUCACCCCGGUUCUAUCCCUACAUAACCUGCGCAUCCAGCGGAGAUCAGCUUCAACUUACCACCCACACAGGCUCUUAUCCUGUCACCUCCAUAUCCUACACCGCCUCCACCAUAACCAUCACUCCUCCUUCCAUGUCCACAUGCACCACCAUGCACCAGUCAGCCAACUUCGGCCUAGACUGGGCUAGCCCAUUCCAGCUUGGCCCAUCAACUUUCAUCCUCCUCUCAUGUCCACCACCAACCUCUUCCCUCACCAUGAAAGGAUCACCAGUCUGUGAAACUUCCUCUUCCUACCUCUGUGCCUCGAUAUACACAUGUCCGGCAGUAAUUGGACUUGGGUUGCCGCUUUUUCCACCUACAAAUACAUGCUGUGUGUAUGCUCCGGCGAACUUCAACGGCAAAAGUGAACUUGAUCUCCACUUGAUGAAGUGCUUGGGGUAUGCAUCAGUGGCAUCUCUUGACGAUUACCCGACAGACCCGAGCCGGUGGGAGUAUGGGGUGGUGCUGAACUAUAGAAGUGGAGCUUUUGAUGAUUUUGACGUGGAUAAUAAGUGUAACACAUGUGAGAGUAGUGGCGGCGUAUGUGGUUAUGCUUCGCCAGGAAACUCCUUCGUGUGCUUAUGCAGCAGCGGAAUAAACACCACUACGGACUGCAAUGGCUACAGCCAGUAUCUGGGAUUCACUUGGAGCUCCAUUUCUGCCAGACUAUCAUGCACGAUUUGGUUGGGGAUUUUAGCUGGUCUAAUUUUCAUUUGAGCAACUUGAUAUAUAUAUAUAUAUAUAUCUUAUUCUAUUGUUAGAUGAUGCUUGGAUUUCCUCUCUGUGGGAUUGGUGUGAUCUUUUUCUAAGAAAUGACCCUUUGUAAUGGUAAGUGAAAGUUGUAAGGCAUUAAAGUUAGGUCACAUUUGGUGGAGCUCAAAAGAACAAAGACUAGAAGGAAUAAAGGUGGAAAGGGACGAGCAUAUAUGCACUAGGAAGGUUAGUGUAAUACUUAUAGACUAUAAAGUAAGAGUAAUUUCUAUUUUGGGUUUAUUUGAUUUUGAUUGGAAGCGGAAUUUGAGACUAGCACCCUGGUAAUUACUCCCUCUUUCGACCA